AAACUUAGAUAUGUUUAUCCUGUCAUAAUGGAAGCACGUCCAUUUAUUUUUAAAUAAUAUUUUUUAGUUUGUUUCUCAUUAUUUUCAUAAGGAAAUGUAAAUUUUUGUUUAAUUAUGUAUAUAAGUGUUUUAGUAUAGUGCUAAUUACUCAUAAUGAAGGUUGUUGAGGCGAAGAUCGUCGUGCUGGGAUCCCAAGGUGUUGGGAAAACGAGUCUAGUUGUCCGUUACAUCGGUAAAAUGUUCUCGAAACACAUCUCGCCGACCAUCGGCGCCUCCUUUUUCACCUGCAACAUUAAUUUGGAGGAUUCCAGAAUAAAACUACAGGUAUGGGACACGGCUGGUCAAGAGCGUUUCCGUUCCAUGGCUCCCAUGUACUACAGGAACGCUAACGCGGCGUUGCUCGUGUACGACAUCACCAGCGCCAACAGCUUCGCGUCCAUCAAGAGCUGGGUCAAGGAGUUACAGAGUAACGUCGGUGAUCCCAUAGUACUAUCGUUAGUGGGUAACAAAUCGGAUUUGGAGUGUCACCGCGCUGUUAGUGCGUCGGAGGCUGCUCAGUACGCGGAGGAGAUAGGAGCGGCUUACUGCGAAACAUCCGCCUUACAUGAUCAGGGUAUAGACCAAGUGUUCCUGGCCACAGCGUCUGAACUCCUCAAGCUGUCAAACUCCAGCCUGGUCUCAUCACUCCGGUCAUAUGACUCAAACGAUGAAGACAAAAUACCAAUAGGAUCGCCUACCGAAGAGAAAGCGACGCACAUGGGAAAAGUUGAACUGCCGGCUUGGAAGACGGACAAAGUCGGGGAGCUGCAGCGCAGUGUGUGCUGCUAGGAACAUUGUGACAGACGAGACUUCAUGUUGUCGCUCCCAAACUGUUCAUACCUGUAAUUAUAUUAUAACAGACAACAGCUGUGUUAUGAUAUAUAUAUAUAUAUAUUUUUAAUUUCUAAUAAAUAUAAAUUGGAAUUAAACGAUUGUUUAAAUUAUUAGAAUAUUAUAUAUAUAUGACAAAUUAAUUAAUUUCUAACAGAGUAACCAAUUUUCUGUAAUACAAAAUAAUAUUAUCUGUUACUCAAUAUUCCAUAUGAUUUGACUUUUAUAUUAUUAAGAUAAACUAAUGUAUUAUAAAUAUAUUUUAGUUAAUGAGUAUUAAAAUUAAAUCACUUGAUUUUUUUUCGAUUAAGUCUUUGGAUUUAAUAUUAUCUGUAGUUUAUGGUUUUCAUUAUUUUUUUUAUUAUCUGUGUUCAACGUUCGAUGUGUCGAAUUUAUUAUUAUAAGGAUAACAAUCGUGCCUUUUUUUAACACAUUGUGAUAUUGUUUGUUAACAAUAAAAUGUUUUUCACACA